GUCAUUUACCUUUUCAAUUGAACUUUGUUCUUUUUCUGUGAAAAAAUUGAAUUUUCUGCAUUGGGGUUCUCUAUAAGUUUCCUUUCUUCUGCCUACCAUCUUACUUAUCCAACAGUCCGCCAUGUCUGCUUUUCCUUCUCUGCUUCCACUUUUCCUAUUACUUCUCUCUCUAUCUUCUCCUCAAGUCUUGAGUUCUAAAAUCGGAGAAGGAUAUCGCCUUGUAUCCAUCGAACAAACAUCCGAUGGAAGCCUUAGAGGCCUGCUUGAAGUGAAGAAGAAGACGAGCAUUUAUGGGCCAGACAUUCCAAAACUGCAACUCUAUGUCAAGCAUGAGACUGAGGAAAGACUAAGGGUGCACAUUACAGACGCACAGAGCCAAAGAUGGGAGGUCCCUUACAACCUCCUUCCUCGAGCUGCUGCACCUUCUCCCUCCCUUUCAUCCACCCGGAAACUUCCCACGACGGAUAAAGGGGGAGAGUUCAAUCUCAACCCCUCUGAAUCCGCAAAUGGUGAACUUAUUUUCGGUUUCACCGCCGACCCAUUUGGUUUUUCUGUAAGAAGAAAAUCAAAUGGAGAGACCCUUUUCAAUUCCAGUGCAGAUGACAAAAGCCCUUAUGGCAACAUGGUGUUCAAGGACCAGUAUCUCGAAAUCUCUACGAAGUUGCCCAAGGACUCUGUCCUCUAUGGCUUGGGAGAGAACACUCAGGGCAAAGGAAUUAGGAUUCAGCCAUAUGACCCCUACACUCUCUACACAACCGAUAUCUCUGCAAUUAAUCUUAAUACAGAUUUGUAUGGAGAUCAUCCUUACUAUGUCGAGCUGAGGAACAAUGGAGGAGAGGUGUCCUUUCAUGGAGUUCUUCUGUUGAACAGCAACGGCAUGGAUGUUUUCUACAGGGGUUCGUCGUUGACGUAUAAAAUCAUUGGUGGGGUGCUUGAUUUCUACUUCUUUGCUGGCCCUACCCCUCUGGGACUCAUGGAUCAGUAUACCUCUUUUGUUGGACGCCCUGCUCCCAUGCCUUACUGGGCUCUUGGGUUCCACCAAUGCAGGUGGGGGUACCACAACGUCUCAGAGGUAGCAGCCGUGGUCGAUGGCUACAUCAAUGCCAGCAUCCCUCUGGAUGUCAUGUGGACCGACGACGAUCACAUGGACGCUGCAAAGGACUUCACUCUCGACCCCAUCAACUUCCCUCCCCAGAAAAUGGCAGCCUUCCUCUCCAAACUCCACAGCAGAGGCCUCAAGUACGUGGUCCUCAUCGACCCAGGGAUCAACGUGAACCGGACGUACAAGACCUACCUUCGCGGCAUGGAGGAGGAUGUCUUCAUCAAGCUGGACGGCGAGCCCUACUUGGCUCAGGUCUGGCCAGGCAUGGUCUACUUCCCCGACUUCCUCAACCCGAAGACCGUGGACUGGUGGUCCAACGAGAUCUCCACUUUCAGGAAAUUGCUCGCAGUGGACGGCCUGUGGAUUGACAUGAACGAACCUUCGAAUUUCUGCACCGGCAAGUGCAGCAUGCCCAAGAACCACCCCUGUCCAGACCCGAAGAGUUACCCCUGGCUCUGCUGCUUGGACUGCACAGUCCUCACCCAGUCGAAGUGGGACAACCCGCCCUACAAGAUCAACGCGUCCGGCACCAGCGCGCCGAUUGGGAACAAGACGAUCGCCACCAGUGCUACCCACUAUAACGGGGUCCUGGAGUACAAUGCGCACAGCUUGUAUGGCUUCUCCCAAACCGUUGCCACCAACAAGGCCUUGCUCAAGUCGACCGGCGGCAAGCGGCCGUUCGUGCUCACCCGGUCGACUUUCGUCGGCUCCGGCGCUUAUGCGGCUCAUUGGACAGGAGAUAACAAGGGAGACUGGGAUAAUCUCAGAUACUCCAUAUCCACCAUUCUCAAUUUCGGGAUUUUCGGGAUGCCGAUGGUUGGAUCUGAUAUUUGCGGUUUCUACCCGGCAGCCACACCACUCGAGGAGCUGUGCAACCGGUGGAUCGAGCUCGGUGCCUUCUAUCCCUUCUCUAGGGACCAUGCCAACUUCGCCUCUCCUCGCCAGGAGCUCUACCAGUGGCCCUCAGUCGCCGAAUCAGCUCGCAACGCACUUGGCUUGCGCUACAAACUCCUACCUUACCUCUACACACUCAACUAUGAGGCACACACUACAGGCGCACCUGUGGCCCGGCCUGUGUUCUUCUCCUUUCCCAAUUUUGUGGAGUCCUAUGGCCUCAGCACCCAGUUCUUGCUUGGGAGCAGUGUGUUAGUGUCGCCGGUGCUUGAGCCCAACGCCACCACCGUCAAUGCCCUUCCCCCUGGAACCUGGUACAGCCUCUUCGACCUGUCCCUGGCUAUUGUGUCCCAAGGAAACUACUUCACUCUGGAUGCCCCCUUGAAUGUUGUCAACGUACAUGUCUACCAGAACACAAUCCUUCCCAUGCAAAAGGGAGGGCUUCUUUCCAAGGAGUCUAGGACAACUCCCUUCACGCUUGUUAUUACCUUCCCUUCGGGUGCCGAAGACGCCGAUGCUGCCGGGAAAGUUUAUAUAGAUGAUGAUGAGGAUCCAGAGAUGCAGUUGGGAAAUGGCAAGUCCACCUACGUUGAUUUCCUGGCUAGUGUGGGCAAGGGCAAGGUGAAGGUCUGGUCAAAGGUGGACGAUGGUGAGUUUGCAGUUGGUCUGGGUUUAGUGAUUGAGAAGGUGAUAGUUGUUGGUGCGGCUGGAGGUAGCCAUGGUCUUCAGGUUGAGGUUGAUGGGCAGCUACUUUCUCCAUCUUCAAUCAGUGAAGUAUCCUUCAGUGAGACUGCCAUAGAGAAUAUGGGGAUGGCUGAAAAUGUAGAGGGCAGCACGGGCAAGAAAGGGGGCAUGAUGGUGCAAGUGGGUGGGCUUGCUUUGCCUUUAGGAAAGAAGUUCUCCCUAACGUGGGAACUCAAUGUUACCUCUGGUCCCUAAUUGUUUGUGUCUUCAUGGUCACCUUUUGUUAGACUUAAAUAAAUGAUGAAAAUUGAUCAUUCAGCGGAAGGUCUGAAAGUUUGCAAUUUAUAAAGUGAGCAGCACUUUAUUUCAA